GUGCAGUGAAUGGUGGGUAUUUGGCAGGGUAUAGAAAGCAGGAAACGUGGAUAGUGCACAGUGUUAUGGUCUUUCAUAACCAUCAUCAUCAACAUGCGAAACCUUAAGUUACUCAGUACUCUGCAGUGCAGAUCAGCUCAAGGCAUGGGCAUUCCACAAUGCAGCUCCAUAAGGACUGACACUGGAACAGUUCUCAUUGGCUCAAAUUAUGGCUUUGUGGAGUUAGAUCCCAACACAGAACAGAUAAUUACAGAUGUCUCCCUAACAUCUGAGAGUUAUCUGCCAGAAGAUGGAAGUGGACAGGUGGUUGGUAUACAAGAUGUUCCAGAUCAGCAGUCCGUGUGUCUUGCCACUGCCACAGGUGAUGUCAUCCUAUGUAAUCUCAGCACUGGCCAGCUCGAGUGUGUCGGAAGUGUGGACAGUGGCAUUGUUGCUAUGGGUUGGAGCCCUGAUCAGGAGCUUAUUCUGCUCGUGACAGGCCAGCAAACACUCAUCUUGAUGACAAAAGACUUUGAACCAAUUUCUGAAAUACCAAUCCAUCAAGAGGAUUUUGGUGAAGGAAAAUUCAUUACUGUUGGUUGGGGCAAGAAGGAGACCCAGUUCCAUGGAUCUGAAGGAAAACGAGCAGCACAGCGGAAAGUUCUGAGUGUUCAGCCUGCUUUACCCUGGGAUGACCAAUUACCUCGCAUCACUUGGAGAGGGGAUGGACAGCUCUUUGCUCUCAGUACCAUUUGCCCACAGACAGGCUCCCGCAAGAUCAGAGUUUGGAACAGAGAACUCUCCCUGCAGUCUACCAGUGAACCAGUGGAAGGCUUAGAACAGUCACUGUGCUGGAAACCCUCUGGAAGUCUGAUUGCUUCUACACAGAGCAAACCCAACAAACAUGAUGUGAUUUUCUUUGAGAAAAAUGGGCUCAUGCAUGGAGAGUUUACCUUACCUUUUGCAAAAGGUGAAGUUCAGGUGAUAGAACUUAUAUGGAAUUCAGACUCAACAAUUUUAGCAGUCUGGCUUCAAGACAUCGAAAAGGAUGGAACAAAACCUCAUACUUAUGUUCAGCUGUGGGUUGUUGGAAAUUAUCAUUGGUACCUCAAGCAAUACUUAAAUUUUGGGAAUAAUGAUGACAGUAAAAUUGUGUCUGUGGCUUGGGAUCCUGAGAUCUCAUACAGACUACAUGUGGUAUGUGCGGGAUGGCAGUACUUCCAGUAUGACUGGUGUUGGAGCACAGACCGAAGCAGUGGGCAGAACCCAGGUAUUCAGGCUGAUGUGGCUGUUAUUGAUGGCGAUAAAGUCCUGGUGACCUCUUUUUCCCAGGCUCUGGUCCCUCCUCCAAUGUACACAUUUCACAUGCAGUUCCCUUGUGCACUGAAUGAGGUUGCCUUUCACACGGAUCCUAAGAAGAGUAGUGAUCUGGCGGUCCUUGCUAACAGCGAUACAGUUUAUGUCUUCAGAUAUGGAAUUGAUGCUGCUAAGGAAUCAGAUGUAAAAAUAGUUGGAGGGAAUGGAUUCAAAGGGUCUGCAAAAACUCCCAUCCUAGAAAACAAGUUCAAGUUACAUGUCCCAUCAGAAAAUAUGCAGCCUCUUUAUUUUCACCAUCUGACUUGGGUGCAGGACAACACUUUCUUGCUUAUCAGCCAAGGAAAGAGCCCCUCUCAAUCAACAGUUUACCACAUUACUAUACCAUUGGAGAAUGGACAAAUAAUUAAUCCCAGGCAAGGUGGGAUAGUUGAUGGACGCGUUAUCACUGUAUGCUAUAGUACAAAAACGAAAACAUGUGCUUUACAAACUGCAGAUGGGCAAGUCUGGAAGUACUGUUGGGAGUCACCCACACCCGGUCCCGAGCCCUGGAAAGAUGAUAUUGGUCGAGAUGUAAAGUUUCAGCAGCCUUGUAUUCAAACUGAAAUAACCACUGUUGAUGGGGAGGAAGUUGUCUUGGGUAUCACUGAUAGGUCACGUUUAUUUAUUAAUAAUUUGGUGGUAGCUACCAAUAUCACUUCCUUUGCAAUAUAUGAUGACUUCCUACUUUUAACUACCCAUUCUCACACCUGUAGAUGUAUAUCUCUCAGAGAAACCUCACAGAAAGCACUGGAAGCAGUCCUGAGCAGCACGUCCAGCUCAAAUGAUGAGACCAUUCGAAAAGUGGAAAGAGGAUCUCGGGUUGUCACAGUAGUUCCACUGGAUACCAAAGUCAUUCUACAGAUGCCACGUGGAAAUUUAGAAACCAUUCACCACAGAGCUCUUGUCCUUGCACAGAUACGGAAGUGGUUGGACAGUUUGCAGUUUAAAGAUGCUUUUGAAUGUAUGAGAAAACUGAGAAUCAACUUUAACUUAAUUUAUGAUCACAAUCCAAAGGCUUUUUUGGACAACGUGGAUACAUUUGUCAGGCAGAUUGACCUUGUAAAUUAUAUAAAUUUGUUUCUUACUGAAAUAAAAGAAGAAGAUGUGACAAAGACUAUGUAUCCCACCCAUACAACUUCUGCCACGACAUCUUCCCAGACACCUAGAGCUAAAAAGGUUGAUAUCAUAUGUGAUGCUAUCAGAGAGGCCAUGGAAAAACUCAGUCCUCAGAAAUACUUCUUAUCAAUCCUCACAUCUUAUGUCCGUAAAACUACCCCAGAGUUGGAAACUGCUCUUCAGAAAGUACAUGAACUCAGAGGUAAAAAGAAUCCAUCUUCACAUGAAGGUGUCAGUGCAGAGGAAGCUUUAAAAUAUCUGCUUUUCCUUGUGGAUGUGAAUGAGCUCUAUGAUUACUCCCUCGGAACAUACGACUUUGACUUGGUCAUCAUGGUGGCAGAGAGGUCUCAGAAGGACCCCAAAGAAUAUCUCCCUUUCCUAAACACACUGCAGAAGAUGGAGUCGAAUUACCAAAGAUACACUAUAGACAAGCAUCUUAAAAGAUACAAGAAAGCUCUGGAACAUCUUAGCAAAUGUGGCCCAGAGCAUUUUGUAGAAUUUUUGAACUUGGUUAAAGAUCAGAAUCUAUACAUUGAAGCCUUGAAAUUUUAUCCAGCUGGAUCUACUGAAUAUAAGUCUAUCAAUGAUGCUUAUGGGGAUCAUUUAUAUUCAAAACAUCAGAAUGAACAAGCUGGUCUCAUCUUUGCUCGUUGUGGAAGUUUGGAGAAGGCUCUUGAUGCUUUUGUUGCAUGUAGUAGCUGGCAGCAGAUACUGUGCAUAGCUUCCCAACUGCAAUUCCCCGAGGAUAAAAUGGCUUCCUUAGCUCGGAGUGUGGCAGGCAAGCUGGUAGAGCAGAGGAAGCAUGAAAAUGCGGCAUUACUUCUGGAACAAUAUGCUGAGGACUAUGAAGAAGCAAUUCUUUUGCUGUUGGAAGGAGCAUUCUGGGAGGAGGCCUUGCGACUGACACACAAAUACAAACGUCUUGACAUAAUCGAAACAAAUGUGAAGCCUGCAAUAACUGAAGCUCAGAAGAGUCACAUGAUAUACCUGGACAAUCAGAAAACAACAUUCGCUCGGCACAAACAGCGCCUGUCUGUUGUACGAGAACUGAAGGAGAAAGCUCGACAAGGCUUGCUCGAUGAUGAGAUCCCUGGAGGUCCAGAAUCAGAUCUGUUUUCUGACACCAGCAGCAUCAUGACUACAAGUGACAUGAGUGGAAAAUAUUCUCAAAGUAAUUCCAGAGUCUCCUCAAGAACCUCAAAGAACCGUCGAAAAGCAGAGCGCAAGAAGCACAGUCUAAAAGAGGGAAGUCCCCUAGAAGAUGUGGCUUUAGUGGAGGCAAUGGGAGAAAUUGUCCGCACAGUGGAUAAAAUGAGAACUGAAGUGAACAGUCUUCUGAAAGUGCUUGUGCUCUUUGGUUAUGAUACUGAAGCCAGACAACUUCAAACGGAAUAUCACAAAUUCCUGCAUUUGAUAGAGAUAUCAAUUCCUGAAAUAUGGAUUCCACAGGGCCAGUCAAAUGCAGCAACUCCGGUCUUAGGUCCUCAUUCAACUGCCAAUAGUAUAAUGAAUUCAUAUCAGCAACAGAAAAACAUAAAAUCAACAGAGCAAGAUUCUAAACUGGCUAUAGCUCCUACACUUUGUAAAACCACACAGUGGAAGCUUGACCUCCUUGAUUAGGACUGGAG